UCGACCACCAGCUGUCAACGCGCUUGUUUGUGUGCACGCUUUCGGCGCGCGAAGCUUCAGGAAAGUCCUUGUGUUGUCGUUUGCGUUUAUGUUUGGUUGCAUGAUUUUCGACAAGAUUUAUCGCCAGCAUCAUGGGAAUUAAAGGACUUUCACAACUGAUCGCUGAUAUCGCGCCGUUUGCGGUGAAGGAAGGAGAAAUCAAGCAAUUUUUCGGACGAAAAGUGGCCAUCGAUGCAUCUAUGUGCCUGUACCAAUUUCUGAUUGCUGUCCGUGCGGAAGGUGCCCAGCUCACGUCGGUGGACGGUGAAACGACCUCACACCUAAUGGGCACGUUCUACCGCACGAUCCGGCUGCUAGAGAACGGCAUCAAGCCGGUGUACGUUUUCGACGGGAAGCCACCGGAUCUGAAGUCGGGUGAGCUGAACAAGCGUGCGGAACGACGCGAGGAAGCACAGAAAGCACUGGACAAAGCGACCGAAGCGGGUGCGGUGGAGGACAUUGAGAAGUUUAAUCGUCGCCUCGUGAAGGUAACGAAACAGCAUGCAAAUGAAGCGAAGGAGCUACUGCGCUUGAUGGGUGUUCCGUAUGUGGAGGCACCGUGCGAAGCGGAAGCCCAAUGUGCCGCGCUGGUUCGCGCUGGCAAGGUGUACGCGACGGCCACCGAAGAUAUGGACGCGCUUACGUUCGGUUCCUCCAUCCUGCUGCGCCAUCUAACGUUUAGCGAAGCGCGCAAGAUGCCGGUGCAGGAAUUUAACUACGAAAAGGUCCUGAAAGGGUUCGAGCUAACGCAGGACGAAUUUAUCGAUCUGUGCAUACUGCUCGGAUGCGAUUACUGUGACACCAUCCGGGGUAUCGGUCCGAAGAAGGCUAUCGAGCUGAUCAAUAAGCAUCGUACGAUUGAAACCAUACUGGAACAUCUGGACAAAACGAAAUACAUCGUACCGGAGGAUUGGAACUAUCAGCAGGCUCGGAAGCUUUUUAAGGAGCCGGAGGUGCAGGAUGCGGAUGCCGUCGAGCUGAAGUGGUCCGAACCGGACGAGGAAGGUUUGGUGAAGUACAUGUGCGGCGAUCGUCAGUUUAACGAGGAUCGUGUACGGGCGGGUGCGAAAAAAAUAAUGAAAACUAAAAACACCGCAACGCAGGGCCGCUUGGAUUCGUUCUUCAAAGUACUACCGUCGACCGGUGGUACUCCCAAGCGAAAGGUGGAUGAGAAAAAGCCACUUACCGGUUCGUCGGCAAAGAAAGCGAAAACCAGCGGCGGUGCAGGCAGGGGUAGGAAACCAAAGUAAUCAGCCGGUGGCCAUCGCUUUACCCACUGACCGAUCGAUUGCUGUUUAAAAUUAUGAUUAAAAUAUAUCGGGCUAUUCGAACUGUGUACGUUUUAUUGUAUAUUUACUCGUUACGAUUUUCCAUAAUAAAAGCUCCAAUACUUACUCAAAAA